AUGGCAUCCAGCACCCUUCACCUUUGCUAUGACCAGGUGGCCAAGGAAACAAAGGACAACAUCCUGCCCUGGGUGGACCACAUCCUGUCCCAAAUGUUAUACCACUACUGCCGCUACACUGCCUCAGCCACGAACCUAGGUCUGAAGCUGAGCUUUCUGAGGUCAAUGGCUGCAUUCACCAGAACUGUUGGCGACAUCAGCCAGAAAGCAAAAGAAGCCCAUGAAUUCUCGCAGAAAGCCGUCAUUGUGGCAUUCAUGGUGAAGCUGAUUGAAGAAGAGUCAGUGAACUUGCUGUCUAACCCUGUGCGCCAGCAGGCCAUGAUUGUGGUCACUAACCUGAGAAAGCUGAAGCCACCACUAAAGUCUGAGAAGAAAGCUGUUCUACUCCGGGCAUGCUACAAAAGUGUCUUUUCUCUGCCUCCAGUAGAGAUCAUGUUAGCAGAGGCAUGUGAUAAUAUACAAUGCCAACACCCAGAGUCUCUGUACAAGGAAACUAUAGAUGCCUUGAGAGGAAUGCUUGAGGGUUUGGUAUUUGAAUGUCCUGUGGAGGCCCAGAAGAUUUUGGAGUACCUCGAGCCCUGGCUAAUCUCCAGAAAGGAUCAUGAGCGGGAACGAGCAAUGUGGUGCAGUGCCCGGAUCCUAAGAUGUGUGGCCAAGCUUCCCAAUUUUGACACAUCAAUUGAAUUCAGCAGACUGGGUCGCCUGGUUAGGCUGCUUGCCCUUCGAUGCCAUGACCCUGUGGACAACAUCUGCUUCUUGGCAGCCCGGGCAGUAUACAACUUGUAUUGUAUCCAGCUGGUUAAAAAGCAGCUUGAGAAGGGACAUGGAGUGGAGAAGGUAGACACACUAAAAAAUCUGGGAACAUACAGUCCCUCUGUGUUCUACAACAACACCUCACAAAUCGCUAAGGCUUUUGCAGAAUAUUUUACCCCACUUCAGCUAACAAAUCUGGUUCUGACAGCACUUGAUGGUUUGACAGAUCCCAGGGAGAAAAUAUCUCGGGCAGCUGGAGAACUGCUCAGCGCAAUUCUGGAAGAACGGGGAGCUGAUCUGGAGAAGGUAGAUGACACUCUGACUGGUAUUUACAAGCGCCUCAGCCUCAUCCAUGAACCCAUCACGAGGCAGGAAAUGUUGAGGGCAGUGUGCUUCUUGGCUGGAAACAACACCAAGAAAGUGGUGCCGAUCCUGUUGGACCACAAUCUCCCAUGGGACAGCAACACAACUGAGCUAUGGAGGUUCCUGGGCACCAGAAGAGAAACCACCCUCAAUGUUCUUCAGUUGCUGAUAACAAUCCUGGAGGAGAAACCAGUCCAAAAAGUCAAUAGCAGUAUCUCUGAUGAUGAGACCUCCCUCCAGCCUGUUGCUGUAACGUGUGCACUGUGCGAGAUGCUCUCUGUCCCUGGCUGCAGAGAUGCAGUGCAGGAACUUUACCCCAGCCUCUUGUUGGCAGUGCUUAGUCAUGUCCAGCGAGUCAUUGAGCAGAACCCAUUAGAGAACAUGGUGGUCUAUAGGAAAGAGUGUGGCCAGGGGCACAGGCCCAAGGCAUUUGAUCCUUCCAGCUGUGCUCUGGAGGCUGUGAAGACCCUGCUCUCAGGCGCUGGUUACUUCGAGGUAUUAGACUAUGUGGAGGAACACAGAGGGUGGGACCUGCUCUCCAGCCCCAGUGAAUACUAUUGUGGAAUAAUGGAGAUCACAAGUGCCAUGGUGAAGCAUUUCAAGCCUCUUCAUCUGCACAGGAUUUUUAACAAGCUGAUUCCGCUGCUCAACAGUGAGAAUGAGCAUGAUAAAAUUAUGUCCAGGGCCUUCUAUGCUCAGCUUCUCUGGCACCGUUCUGUGGCCCAGAGUCUGGAACUCGACGUCUUGGCCCCCCUGAAAAAAUGGAUCCAAGAGCCAAAUCCCAUCAUGAGGCUGCUGGGACUCAGAGGAAUUAGUAAUUUAGCUCUUCACCCAGGGAAGGCGACACAUUUCAGAAACCACCUUCCAGUCCUCCGGGAGUUCCUAAAAGAGAAAGAGGAGAGGAUUGCAGAGCAGGCUGUGAAAGCCCUAAGAAAUAUCAUUUACUACAUGGAAGGGGAAGAGGUCAAGGUUGCAUUCUGCCAUAUCGUCCGGCCUCUUUGGCAGCUAAUUACUGAUGAGAGAGAAAAAGUGCGCAUUUCUGCCAUCAUUGCCUUUGGCAAAAUGCUGAAAUGUGUGAACAAAUAUAAACCUGGACCUGUCAUCCAUAAUGAAAUCUACUGUGCUCUGGUGCCUCUGAUGCUCGUCAUGCAGGGGAAUAAUCAUGAGAUACUAAAGGCAUGUGGAGACACCUUGGCAGAGUGUGCACAGGUAAUGGGAUGGAACCAGCCCAGGAACUUGUUCAGACAAAUGACACUGAGUGACCAUCUUCAGGUCUUGCAAGAGAUGUGCAAAUUUCUGGUGAGGAAAUGCAGGAGAAUGGUGGGGGACUUCUUACUUAAGAGCAUAGCCUACCUAAAGAACCCUCAGCCCCUCUUACGAGAAGCAGCAGCCAGGUUUAUAGAGUUCACAGUAAAGAAUUUGAACUUAAUUCAAGUCGACAGAGAUGAUGUGAUGCUACUGCUCAAUGCUCUUGAUGAUCUCAAAUAUGACCCUAUAGCCUCAGUUUGCAUUGCAGCUAUAGACACCAUAACAAAUAUUGAGACAGCUUGUUUGCCUGAAGCAGAGCCUCUCUCCAGAUUGAGGAGGUUUUUCUGCUCUCUGCCUGUUCAAAGAAAGAUGAAGAUUUUUAAAGACAGAGAAAUCCCAUUAAAGUUCAAGUCCAGCUCAAAGCAAUUGAGAGGCAAAACCGUCCCUGAAGAUACCUCAACAGCAGGCCAAGAAGAAGGGGAAAAGAGCAUGAAACAGAAGCUAUGGAAGCUCACAAGGAAUAUGAAAAGGAAAAGACUCUAA